GGUGCUUGUCGCCGGUGCCCACGUGUCUCGUCCCGGCCUGCCAGUAGUAGACCAUGUGGUGCAGCAAGAUGGCGGCGCGGUGGAAAGGGAAAGACGGGGAUCUAAAUGCCUGUAAACGGGACUUUCUGACCAGCAACACUCACAAUGAGGUGGUUUUAAGACAACAUGAUGUGGACGUCAUUGAGAUGGACGAGCAGUCCUGUGUGGAUCACUCAAUCCUGGCCAUUUUUGAAGACUCAACUGUGACAUCACAGGAUAAGAAUGCAGUUGAGGAGGAGAGUGAGACCCUGCUGUCAGCCCUGACAGAGAUGCUUGACAGUGUGGAGGAUGAUGACGGGACCCUGUCUCCCUUUGACACCCUGCCAGACACAAAGCUCCUCUCACACCCGGAGCGUAGGGACAACUCAGUGGAACUUUCACUCGUUGAGAGACUUAGAUCAAGAUCCAAAUCCACAGAUGUAAAAUGUGCAAUUAAGAUUGAAGUAGAUAAAGAAGAGGAGAGCAAGAGAGGGAGAAACAGCCCUCAAAAGAUGUUCAAACACCAAAGUGAAUUGUCUAAGAACAAGAAAGCAGAAGCUGAAGUUGAGGUCUUCACCUCCUCGUCUCUGGUCAACCUGGUGAGGAUCAUGCACUCGUACUGUCUGAAGCUGCAUGUGGAGGAGGAGGGGGGCAAAGGGAGGCAAGAUCACACAUUAUUCUCUCAGGGGGAGGUGUGGAAGUACGAGAGACCCUCUGAAGAGAGCGAUGAAGAGAUUAAUGUUGUGUCUGAUGAUGAGGUCACCGUGAAGGGGGCGAAGAAGAAAGAAGAGGAAGAUGAUGGGAAAGUGAGGAAGAGUAUGUUGUUGAAUGGGAACUCAUCCAAAACUCCGGCAGCCAGAGAGAAGAAGAGGGUGAGCUUUGGCCCCGUUCAAGUGGCUUCAUUUGAUGAAUCCGAGGAAAAAGUAUUGGAUGAAAAGAUUUUAAAGAGUCAGAUUGUAUCAAAAGCUCUUGAAGAUCCAGCUGGUCCAACACUUAAACACCAAAACUCGACAUCAGGCGCGAAUAAGGCUGAUGUUUUGCCACUUAAAGUUGAGACAAAGGCUAAAUCCCUCAGCCUGCAACAGUACAGACAACUGCGCCAAAAGAGGCAGCCCCUGGUGGAGAAACUGGGGAACAACACCACCAAGUGGCCCUCUGUUCCCGAGCCCCCAAAAGAGCUGACCCCCAUCCUCUGUUUACAUGGACAAGUUCAAAUCAACUGUGGACCAAAGGCAGCACAACACCACCCAGAUGUAAAAAGUAAUGAUGCUGAUCACCUCCAUAGAGCUCAAACUCCUGUUUACAAAACACAUCACACCUCUGCUCCGCCCAGGCCUCACCCCUCAGAGGCCAAACCCUCCACCCAUCAGUGUGGCAGUGGAUUAAAGCGCUCAAGGACCGAAAGCACCUCACCUGCAAGUGUCUCUGCUGACAUAAAUGUAAAUGUACCGGAUAGUAAAAGAAGUCCAGUAAAGAAACGUACUACUCUCAGUAUUGAUCCCCCAAACCCAGUCUUCCUCCCACUGCCUGUCACCCAAACUACAUCACCUACAUCAUCAACCGACCACUCCUCAUCUGGGUCCAAAGCGGAGUUCCUCAACAGAGACUCAAACCCGCCGAGGCCCGUUCAGGAAAUCCAAUAUGAAUCCUCAGGUACUUUUCCACAAAGACAGCCCUCCUCCAUAACACCAAAGCCUGAAAUGUUUUCACUCAACACAGAAAUCCUCAACAAGUGUUCUGCGAUGGCCUCAGCCGUCUCCUGUAGAUCUAAAGCUUUGUGCCAAACCACAACGCAAAUCCAGUCUUCUUCAGGGGAGAAGAAACCUCAACCUCAGAAAUGCAUAAAACCAAAGACUGACCCAUCACCAAGUCUGAUGCUGGUUCCCAUAGAUGUACCUUUGAAGGAGACAUUGGCAGAGGUUCCUUCCAGGGAAUCUCCACCGAAGGAGCUAUCACCUCUUCUUCAGUUUGACUGUAGAGUGCAGAGUGCUUCAGCUGACUCAGGUAUUGAAGCAGCGGAUGUUACUAGCCUGCUGGAACAGUUUGAGGAAACACAAGCUAAGGAGGAGAGAGUGGAGUCCAAACUUGUUAUUGCUACCUCACCUUCAAACCUACAGACCCAUGGAAACUUGAACGAGACUCCACUAACGCCCCCUUUGGAAACACAUCAACAUUUAAGCUCUUCAGACUCAACCCUCAGGAAUCCACUGAAUCUUCAAACAUCGGAGAGUGUGGCCAUCCCUGAACCCCUCGGCACUGAAAUCGUCCUCAGCACUGAGCAAGCUCUGCCUGCAAGACGCAAGAAUCCUCCACCCAAGGUCAUUCAGAUAAUCGACCCCCGACCUCUGCCGUCUAGGAAGACCCACGCCAACCUCCCUGAGAUCCCUGCUGCUCACAUGUACUCGUAUAUAUCCUCUGACCAUGAUUACUGCGGGUCAGACCGCUCACCUUCAUGUGCUACUCAGAGUAGAAGACUCUCUAUUUUGGAGGAUAAUAAAUCUCAGGUGACUACACAUGCUGCUGAAUGGAACAAUCUGACCUCCACAGGUGGAGCUGACUCCACCAUCAGGGAUGCUAAUACCUCUGAUAAGUCUGUGAUGCAGCAUCCAGCCGAGGAACCCAGACCCAGAUCAGAAACAAACCCACCCACAGAUGAACUAACGUCGCUGUCUGACAAAUCUGCUGCAGUCAAAAACUGUAUUUCAGAAGCUGAAGACAGGAUGCCGCCCUGCACCCUCCCUACACCUCCACCCAGCCCUCCCAUCAGAGGGAGGCAGAAGAGGAGGUACCGAAGAAGAUCUCCUCUUUCCAGCUCCAGCUCUUGUUCCUCAUCAUCGUCAUCCUCCUCCAGCUCUGCGUCUCGCUCUCCAAAAAGACAAAAGCGACGUCACAAACGUUCAGAGAGCAGCUCAUGUUCGUCAUCUUGCUCUGGAUCAAUUUCUCGCUCUCCACCCAGACGUAGCAGGUGGUCUUGCUCUAGAUCAAGAUGCAGUAGGUCCAGGUCCAGAUCCUGGUCACAGUCUUGGUCACGGUCUAGGUCUCCGUCCAGAUCCAGAUCACCAUCACCAAGGGUUUGCCACAGGAGAGAUGUUUACAGCAGCAGAGAUUCGAGACGUCUCAGGAGAGAGCAUGAGAUCAGGAUCCAGAAACUGAAAGCUAUUGACGAGCGCAGGGUGGUGUACGUCGGCCGCAUCUUCAGGUCUAUGACCCACGAUGAACUGAGGGAGCGCUUCUCUCAGUUUGGAGAAGUGGAAUGUGUGUCACUUCACUUUAGAGACAGAGGUGACCACUACGGCUUUGUCACUUUCUACAACACAGAAGAUGCAUUUGCAGCCAUUGAUAAUGGCGGGAAACUACGGAAGGCUGACGAGCUUCCUUUUGAAAUCUGCUUUGGUGGAAGAAGACAGUUCUGUAACUCUGACUACGCUGACCUUGAUGCAAACAAAGACGCAGAACCGUCUCCUGCUAAGACCAGGUUUGAAGACCUGGACUUUGAUUCGCUGCUGAAACAGGCGCAGAACGGAUUGAAGAGGUAGCGGAGAUAUGUCAGGACAAAAGAACAAGCUGGAUGAGGCAGAAACUAAAGGACGAUUUUUAGAGCCUCAGGCUCUCACUUUUUUUUUUACAUCUUUCGUUCUUGGAUAUUUGCAUGGAGUUAUUAACAUAUGCCGUCUAUAUGUACAAAUAUGUAGCACUGUUAAUUUGAUAACACGUUAUGAUUAGGACCCAAAAAAUGUAAUCCUUUCAUUCCUUAACAUGAUGAAGUUUGAUAUAUUUGUAUAUAAAAAACAAUAAAGGGUUGUUUAUUGUGUUUCCUUGAAA